AUGGCUGCUGACAUCCCCCAGCUCAAUACACUGAGCGAAAUUCUUCAGUUCCUGGAGUGGCUGCAAGGUAGGCGGGGAAAGAUAAAUCAGGUUGCCAGCGCUCUGGCUCGUGAUAUUGAAAAAUAUUUCAACAUUCCGAAAAGAGCAAUACAAAGUAUAAUGAUUAUCUCUUUGAACAACUUACGUGACAAAAUGACGAAAUUACGUGAUAAAUUGUUAAUUAAUGAGAUUACCAAACUGUACGGCUAUAAUCGUUACGGAGCACCUGCACUUCUCGAUGCGCUCUUAAAAUGUGUCCCUCAGCUUUACGCCGCACUUUCAUUCCUGUUGUAUAACGUUUCCGAUAAUUACGAGAGCGUUGGUGGUGGGCAGUGGGCAGAGCAGGAUACGAUUUCCCCUAAUUCCGAUCUUCAUAAGUAUCUCACAUCUUCUACAGCAGGUUACUACAAUGGUAUUAUUCCUGGGGGAUUCUAUGUUGUGGAGUUGAAAUCGCUGAGAGGCAGCAGCUUGGUCGAACCUUUAAAAGGAGCCGUCAGUCGUGGUGAGGAUACUGCUCAAACACGCGGAACAACGAGACCAAUUUUUCGCGAUCAUUUUACCAACGUCCUUGCCACUACUCUGAAUAGACCUUGGCAAGACGUCAACACUGGAAACGCUUUGCUUCUGUUGCGUGCUUUUCAAGAGAUUGUUGUCGAAGAGGUAGAUCGAAAAAACGGCGGCGAGACAAAAAAGGCUUUGGAUAAAGGCAUUAAGCCGCAUCAAGUAUGCUGGGCCGAUUUGUAUAAACAUUUUGCCAAAUUCCAAGCUACUUUUGCCAAGGUGUUUAACGAUGGGGGAUUUGGAUUUACUGGGCAGGUGUCAAAGAUUCAAAAGAAGAAGGAAUUUGUCGAAGCAUUUUCGAAGUGGUUUAGAGAUAAUUACCAGCAUAUUAAACAAAGUGUGUCGAUAAUGAGUGGAGAGAUCGACCGUUCUGACCUACAUUCAUUUGCCAGAAAGAGAUUGUAUCCCUACGGCCUUAUUUUCAGAUAUGGAGGAACUAACCAGUGGGAACGCACGCUAGAAACCCAUUGGGACAGUGUCAUCUCUAUGUUUGAUGCUAAGGGUCACGAAUUGGAAAGGCUUAAAGACAUUUUGGAGGGAUCGACUGCAGUUUUAUGUCCCGAGACAAGGGAAAGUAAAACCAAGGCUGCAAAGCCUGUUGUCACAAAAGCCAAAACAGCGAAGCCUAAAACAUCUGAGUUGCCUCCGGCCAAGGUUCCCGAAGUUCCUAAAAGCCGCUUGACCCCAACGAAAUCCGAGGGUGCACUGAACCAGAGUAAGAGAAGCGAAGGGAAGCCAAAUCAGGGUAGGAAAUCUGGCACAACUCUGGUGUCUCCAAAUCAGAAUAAUGGUCAAAGUGAAGGAAAGCCACCGCCUUCACAAGUUGUAAACUUUACUGCUUCAACUCCUACUUCCGGUAACGAUGGACCUACAGGCCCGCAAGGGGCUAAAGGGGCUCCAGGCCCGCCAGGGCCUCCUGGUCCAGUGCCGCCGGUGUCUUCUCAUCCCCCGGACUCAUCGAGCAAUCAAGGUGUUCAUGUUCAACAACCUGUUCUCGGCCCUUCAGUUCUUCCCCCUCCAAGCUUUCCUUCCAGUCCUGCUGUAGUCUCGGGCCCCGGUGAUCCACUCGGCGGAAAGGGUGCGGGUUCAGUAGACAUUGUUACCCCAAGUCAACUUCCCGAUGGAUCUUUGCAAAAUGGGCCUACCAAACAUCCAAGUCUUUCAAGUCGGGACCCUGGGCCUUCUGAUGUUUCUCUUCCCGAUGGUGAUCAGAGCAGGGAUGACCAUACGCCUUCUCAAAAUAAUCCCCAAAAUCUUGGAAGCUCCACGUCCUUGCCUUCUAGCCCAGGUAGCGGUGGAAUUGGGGUGGGAGGGGUAUCAGGAGACGGAAGGAUGCCCGUAGGUUCACAAUCUGAGUUUCAACCCCGCGGCAUUACAGGAAGUGCACGUGAGAAAGGCUCUCCAGAGCAUAGAAGUCAGUCAAGCCGAAAAGAUGUUUUGAUUCCCAGUGGUACUGCAAAGCACGACCAUGGUGGAUCAUCCCUUCCCACCAGUCAUCCUGGAGUCGCUGGCUCCCCUGCUGGUGUCGGUGCAACUGAUCAGCGUGUAACGUCAGAUACGUCUCCAAGUCCACCGUCUGGUAUCUCUACAACUGUUGUGAUGUCUCAGCCUACAACCGUAUCAAAUCUGGAUUCUGUGUCAUCUAGUGUCCCUGGCCCCAUCGGUGGAUCUAGUCAUUGUGCCGAUUCGCCUAAGGCUAUAAAUCACCGUGAACAGAUUUCUCCCUCGCAUGUUGCGUCUGUCGCUAAUAGGCCCUCCCAUGAUAUGGAUCCAGGGUCUGUUUCCCAACCCCCCAAAACUCACAGCCCUCAAUCACCUCCGAUCUCUACAGCCCAGGUUGAUCAUUCCUCCAACGCUGAUCAUAGUGCCGAAUCGGAAUCCGCUACUACUGUGCCCUUCAGCCCAUCCUCUGAUCCCAGUGGCAGCGCAGCUCCAGGAGGAGGUGGGGUGGGAGAUGCCGAAGGUGAAACAUCGCCCGGCAGUCCAGAGACUAAACCAUGCACUGGAAACGCAUCGCAUAUGAGCUUCGGUGGUGUCACGUGGUGUCAUCAUAAACAUAGGACGUUUGCUCGGAGCCUGUAUGGUGGCCAAAAGACUCCUCAUACACUAUGGGAAGAGCAUGAAAAAAGGGAGGAAGAAAACCGUAGACAACUCCGAACCCCUUAUCUCUCAAGACGUCCAAAUCAGAGUGUAUAUACUAAUCCAGGGCGUUUCGGUGAUCUAACUAGCUACCCCUAUGACAAUCGGUUUCGGGCAUACCUGCAAAAGGGCAAUCUUAGUGGCAAGGAAACAUACGUUCCACCGCCAAGAAUACCGCUUUACGACGCUUAUCGGCACGGGUUGCCCCUAAUUGGAUACGAAGGGCCCGAUAUAUUGAACGAAGGAGAUCCCGGCGAAGAAUGGAUUAAAAGUCAUAUUACGCUUCAGCAACAAGAAUUUCGGAAUCAGAAUGAAAAAAUAAUAACUGAUCUCAUAACGAAAGUCCUCCAACAUCCUUCGAUUCAGCUGUCCAAUACCGGUAUUGCGGUCGGUAAAGCGUUGAAGCAGCCGAAACCUAAGACGAAACCCUCACCUUUACCACAUACGUCAAAACUUGAGGGCCAGUCUACCUUGAAUUCUAAUGCGGAUCCUUCCAUGAUUGCCCAAGAAGAACUACCCCCUUCGCUCUCGCCUCCCACCGUUCUGGAAAUCCAAAGGCCACCUACCCAAGAAAAUGAUACAAUGGUAUUGGCUAGCGCUGGGCCGCUUCAAAGCGCUAGGAUCGAACCUAAAGUUCCUGUUAAAGACUUUCCCGAUCAGUUGCCGAACUUGUAUGAACCAGGUGAGGGAAUCCAACAUAUCGAUGAAGAAGCUGAUGAGCAAUAUGCGCCAUACUACAGUGUCCAUGUUAUGCCGAACAUUGACAUCUGCCGUGACCCCUGGCACGUUUCCCCGUAUUAUCCUGACCCUGACCAACUAACCCCGUCCCCUCCCCCAGAGUCCGACCAUCUGCCCCCUCCCACCACUGUCCGUGGGAUACUUUACUGGCUAGUCGGCAUCGUCGCAUUGGAAUAUAUUGGGAUUCUUAAAAAGCAUGUUGAAGGCAUUUUUGAAGAUGUUGAUAAGGAUGAUGGAUUUACCACCAAACCUUCCUAUGCCAUUGAUAUCAUCAUGUCACAUCCACCUCUGACCGCUUCCCUUGUCACGCGGACCAUGACCGAGGCGUGCUACUACGCUGCCAGCGUACUCUGUAGGCUUAAGCACAUACAGAUUUCGGAUGUUAUAAAGGACUUUGACUUCAGUUCAGAAUAUCAGAAGUAUCAUUAUUCCUCCGACCCCGACGACCUACUCUGCCAGGUGCGGGAUUAUGUUUACGCUGCUCACCACCAAGUGGCGUUCUUGCGUUUGCAGUGUUAUAGAGAGGAGUUCCAGGGUGGUUGGAAGGAUUUUAAAUAUGGCAGUAAUGUCAACGUUUCCUCCUCGAUCCUUCAGGCCUUCCUAACUGACGACUGGAACUCCGCCUGCGACACUUAUUUCUUCAACCCAUGUAACGCGUGCCUCAAGAGCCGUGUCAGGAUGGGAUUCAGUGACGUGGAUUUGCCUAAACAGCAGCAAACUGGGAGUACUCUUUUAGGUAUCCUCUCUCCUAAUUGCGACCCGUACGACCCCUUGCUGACAUUGUCAUCCUACCUUGUCUGCAUCACCAGGCAGACUCCGAGCACUACCGGGGAGCUUGUCUCUUUCUUCCAUCAUUUUGGGAAUGUGCUGUACGAAUAUGACCCGGAUACAUUUUCCGACCUGGGAGCCGCCCUCAUUGACAAUCCUCUCGACUAUUUCUUCUGGGCUCAUCUCGAGGACGGCGACCUCGAAGCCGUCCGAAAUCUCCGUGGUUGCGACCCUUCUAUCCAGUGCCAUGACCAUUACAACACCCUGUCUACACUGAUUGGCUGUGACAUUUACCCGAUCCCCUGCCCUCAACUUUUCCUGCCCAUUACCUACCCAACCUACGCCCUCUACUCUCCUAUCUUCGUCCACACCUAUCUAAGCUGGAUGUUAUACCUACCGGACAGACUCCAUGACUCAUUGGAUAGACUGAGAAGGGAUUUGAAGGAGAAUAAAUGUUCCGGGAUCAAGCCCCUCCAUAACUGUAACAAUGCCAUGUCAACCCUCUACUUACACGGUUUCGCGCCACCGUAUGGUUAUGCAAAGCCCCCACCCAAUUGUUCGGAUGUCAUCGUCAAGUUGAGCUCUGUAGUUUCAGGCGGGCCCGUGGCCAAGCUUUUGACUUGUGCGGAUGAUUUCCUCUAUCGAGCACGCAAGCCUUUCGUCGUCUUUGUGUUCACGCUGUGGUUCAUCGCGAUAAUCUGCUUCGCUCACACACAGCUAUACCGCCUGGACGUUCUGCGCAUACGAUCUCACAUCAUGCUCUCCAAGGCUUCGCACCUCAUCAAUGUCAAGGCGCUGCUGAGUCUCAGCAAAAAAAUGCCCUCACUGUAUCGCGUCGAUUACUUCGACGACGAAAUCAUUUAG